AUGUCUGAAGUAUUUAAUUUUAACGAAAUGGAUAAGCAUUCAAUUUAUAUUCAAAUUUAACUUUUUUUUCUUUAAUUAUAUGCAGUGCAUUGCAAAAUUGAAUUAUUCUCAAGAUAGUAUAGAGUAGGUAGUGCAAUUCAUGCAUUACGAAAACGUUCAAUUACAAAAUAUUUGAUAGAAUGCUCGACUUACUAUUCUAUAUAUCGUGACGGAUUAGCAAGAAAAAAAAUUGGGAACAUGGAAAAUACUUUUGCGCACAUUGUUUAUCGUGAUAUUUUACAUUUUUCAUAUUUUGCUUAACCGUUGUGACAGUGUAGCAAAACACGGAAAGCGGUGUGUCUUUUUGUGGUGUAUAUAGCAUCGUCUGAUUAUCAUCGUCUACUCCUGUUUCACUUAUUGUUAGCAAAGACCAGCCAUGGCGUCAUCAGAUUUGGCCAACUCUUCAGUUCCUCUUAAUGCUACGACAAAUGUUGAAAAGACAGCGGAAAUUAUUAUAGAAUUGGCAGAAUCAAAAAAAGAAGUUGCUAAUCAAUAUUAUUCUCAAAAACAAUAUAAAAAGGCAUUAAUUGGUUACAAUGAAGUUAUUGCAAUGUGUCCUAAUGUAUCACGUUACUAUGGCAAUAGAGCAGCAUGUUAUAUGAUGCUUGGACAAUAUCGAGAUGCAUUAACAGAUGCUAAAAAAUGUAUCGAAUUAGAACCAACAUUUUCCAAAGCAUACAUAAGAAUGAUCAAAUGUUGCUUGAUCUUGGGUGAUAUUGUAGAAGCUGAAACUAUAUUAAAAAAACUUCUAGAGUUUGAUCCUAAUAAUGAAUCAAUAGCUGCAGAACAAAGAGAUUUAGCAUAUGUACAAAAGUUUCUUAAAGAUGCUGAUGCUUCUUAUAAUGCUAAGGAUUAUCGCAAAGUUGUAUAUUGUAUGGAUCGUUGUUGUGACAUAAGCACAUCUAGCACACGUUUUAAGUUAACCAAAGCAGAGUGUCUAGCCCUUUUAGGAAGGUAUCAAGAAGCUCAAGAUAUUGCAAAUGAUAUCUUACAUAUUGAUAAGCAAAAUGCUGAUGCGAUAUAUAUUCGUGGAAUGUGCUUAUAUUUCCAAGACGAUGUUGAUAGAGCUUUACAUUUUCAACAAGUACUGCGACUUGCACCAGACCAUGCCAAAGCACUAGAAAUAUACAAGAGAGCAAAAUGUUUAAAGAAGAAAAAAGAAGAAGGCAAUGCAGCAUUUAAAAGGGAGCAAUAUCAAGAAGCAUAUAAUCUUUAUAAUGAAGCAUUAACUAUUGAUCCACACAAUAUUAUGACUAAUGCUAAAUUACAUUUUAAUAAAGCAACAGUAGCAGCUAAGUUAGGAAGAUUGAGUGAAUCCAUAACAGAAUGUAGUGAAGCUCUAAAACUUAAUGAAAAUUAUUUGAAAGCUCUUCUCAAAAGAGCAACUAUUUAUAUGGACCUUGAAGAAUAUGAAGAAGCAGUCCGAGAUCUCGAAAAAGCAUGUAAAAUGGAUAAGAAUAAUCGUGAAACCAAACGAUUACUUGCAAAAGCGAAAUUAUUGCUAAGGAAGUCCAAGAGGAAAGAUUAUUACAAAAUUUUAGGUAUUGAUAAAAAUGCAUCAACUGAGGAUAUCAAAAAAGCAUAUAGAAAACGAGCUUUAGAUCAUCAUCCAGAUCGUCAUGCUAAUGCAAGUGAAGGGGAAAAAAGAGAACAAGAAAAAAAAUUUAAAGAAGUUGGAGAAGCUUAUGGAAUUCUCUCAGAUCCCAAAAAACGAUCUCGUUAUGAUCGUGGUCAUGAUUUAGAUGAUAAUGAGAGUAGUUUCCAAGAUAUGGAUCCCAAUGCUAUGUUCCACUUCUUCUGUCAAGAUGGAGGGGGUUUUCAAUUUCAGUUUCAGGAUGGUGGCUUUCCCGGUGGUUUCCAAUUUCAAUUUCCAGGUUAACUUCUUCAAGAGCAUAAUACAUCUCAAUGUAGCUGUGUAUUUGAGUCUGUUUUAGUAAAUACUGCAUCGAAUUUUUCAAAUAUUUACAUCGACGAUGCAAUAUGAUGUAGUUAUUUGUGUUUCGUAAUUUUAAAAUAGGCCAUUAUCCACGCAAUUAUAUACAAUUACAUAAAUAAUUUAUUUAAGCAUAACUAUAUUGUAAAUAUUACAUUUAAAUUCUAUUAUAUUAUAUUCGAUAAAUCUUCAUCUUAAUACAUUAAUUAAAAAUGUUAGAGUUAACGUCAAAAUGCUGGUUUGGAAACCUGAAACUUACUCGUACCUAACAAAAUCUUUUUGAUUUGAAUUAUAUUUUUUAUUUCAAAUCUUAGAUAACUAUUUGUUUGUCUCAUUAAAUUUAACAUUAUUUAAUAUAUUGAAAAAGAUAACUAAUUUUUAGUUAUAUUUUGGUAUUAAUUACCAGAACCGUUUUUAAAAGUUUGUAAAACCGAAGAUUUACUAUAAUUUUACUAAUUAUUGAAAAAUGUCUAAUGUACAAUCUCUUUCUUUUGGAAUCGUUGAGGCUGACUGCGUUUUUUCUCUUUCUAUUUUAGAUUCUCAUUGUAAUUCCUAUUCUUACUUAUAAUAUAUGCAUGGAUAAAAUUUACAAUUUACAAUUUACAGAAUCUAUUCUCUGAAAGAAAGAUUUGGCUAAAUUAAUAAAACUUAGUUUUUCCUUAAUUUUAUUCCUAGUUGUAAAUUUAUUACUUGAUGGAGCAAAAUGAUAUUGUAAGAAUGUUGAUUAAAACAAUGCAAACUAAAAUAUUUAUAUAUUGGAAAUUCUUUGACUAUAUACAUGUAGAUUGUUAGCAUUUCCUUUUUCCAUACAUAUGGAUGCAUCAAGUAUAACCAUAGAGAAGCUUGAGAGAAAUCACGCCGCCUUUUUUGGAAGAUGCUUUUUCCACUUUGAACAAUAGCGACAAUUAGAUUCAUUUUAAAGCCGGUGAAACUACAUAGCCAGAUUCACUUUUUAGGGCCACGGUUAAACGGUCGGUUAGUCCGCAUGUCCUUGCUAAAUUGUGGAUCAAAAAUGCGGAAAAAUAUUAUGGAUUUAUUAAUGUUUUAUUAGCUGCGCGAGAUGUUUUGUCAUUUUAAUAUAUACUAUAGCGAUAAUAAAUUAUAAUUGAAAUAUUUUCAUGUAUAUGCGCGUUUAAAAUGAAAUAAAUUUUUUAAACUAA